GGAACUGACUCAUGUGGUAGCCCUGGGGAUACAAAUGGGUCCUGACAGGAAGAGAUACUAACGCUGGACUGGACUUUGCUGGCCUGGUGGUAGAUGCAAACACUCAGAGUGAUACAGAAAACCACAACAGAAGAUAUUACACAGCCAACUGUCAUUUCUUCAGACCGGGAAAUUCACUGCAGAGCUGAUAAUGUCCAACAACAGGCAGAGAGGAAUAGCUUAGAAAAAUACAUUUUACUAAUGUUUGUUUUGAAAGAGAGAACGUGCAUAAGCAGGGGAGGGACACAGCAAGAGGGAGAGAAUCCCAAGCUCCACACUGUCAGUGCAGAGCUUGAUGUGGGGCUCGAUCUCACGACCCUAGGAUCAUGACCCUGAGCUGAAAUCAAGAGCCGGACACUUAGCCGACUGAGCCACCCGGAUGCUCCUUAGAGAACUACUUUUAUAGAGAACUGGAAUGGGCAAUGAAAACACUGGCCAUCUAAAACAGCGGGGGGUGGACCAUGCAGAAAUACGAAGGGCUGGCUUCCUCUGAAGAGGAAGGUGCUUGUCUUUUCUUCCCCAAGUCGCCUCUGCUUUAUCCCCCCCAUCACGAGACCAGGGCUGCAACUACAAGGUCUGGAAGCAGGGAUGAUUCCUAACUGAGAAACCGUAACCCUGUGUUUAAUCUUUAUGUCAGAAUUCUUAGGGGCCUGAUGGGGCAGGAUAUGCUUCACCCCAUCUGCAAAAUCAGGGCUAAGGGUGAAUGCAGCCGUAUUGCCUGGUGAUAAAGAUAAACCUCUAGUUCUGCAUCCUUUUGACCUGACCUUAUCUGAACAGAAGGGGACUGAGGGGGACAAGCUUGUGAGACCAGUACUGCGGCCUGUGAUCCAGAUCAGCGCAGCGGCUGAACCUAAUAUCCCUUCCAAAGGUGGAAAAGUUUGGGUGUAAGAGUGAAAAAGAAAAGGCAGUAAGGAAACGAAUAAAUGGGUCCUAUAAUGAGGGAAAUCCAAUAUUACACUGAUACCUCGAGAGAGGCUCAGAUCAAGAGAAAUGGUCUGAGCUCGAUUACACCAGAAGGGGUGAAGCCUGACAUUGCUGAGGUCACUCCUGCUUUUGGAACCUGACCAGAUCACACAGAAGCCUGCAAACCUGACUGGCCUUGCCCUGGGAGACAGCUGCAUACGAUGUAAGGAUAGAAUGAACAGCUAUCGGGGCGCCUGGGUGGCUCAGUCGGUUGAGUGUCCGACUUCGGCUCAGGUCAUGAUCUCACGAUCCGUGAGUUCAAGCCCCGCGUCGGGCUCUGUGCUGACAGCUCAGAGCCUACAGCCCGUUUCAGAUUCUGUGUCUCCCUCUCUCUCUGCCCCUCCCCUAUUCAUGCUCUGUCUCUCUCUGUCUCAAAAAUAAAUAAACAUUUAAAAAAAAAUUCUUAGAAUGAACAGCUAUCAAUGACUGUAGAGAUUUCAGUAGUUCAGCAUCUUUUAACUGUUAGCGUUCUUGUGAGGAGGGGGAUCCACGUUCAAGGACCACAGGAUGGACUACUGUACUGUGAUAUAUAAAAAAUAGAUAUUUGGUCAUUCAAAGGGACAACGUCUUGAGACAAUACUGGUUGUCAUGACUGACGGGGGUGGGGGUGGAGGGAUGUUACUGCUAUCUAGCAGGCAGAGGGCAGGGAUGCUGCAAAAUGCCCCACAAUGCAAAGGACAGCUCACAACACAAAGAACUAUCUAGUCCAAGAUUUCUGGUUUUUUUUAAAUUUAUUUGAAAGGCAGAAAGAGAGAGUGCCCAGGCACACACUCCACUAGGGGAGGAGCAGAGAGAGAGAAUUCCAAGAAGGCUUGAUCCUGUGAACCUUGAUAUCAUGACCUAAGCUGAAAUCAAGAGUCAGAUGCUUAACCGACUGAGCCACCCAGACACCCCUACUCCAAAAUUUCAACAGUGCUGAGGCCGAAAAACUCUGUGGGAACUAGAUUCUAGUCCAAGAGAUAAAGAAACUGAGGCCCAAAGAAGUUAACCCCUUCAAGAUCAGUGCCAACAGGGGAGAUCCUUCUUGGGAGAACUGGACUCUCAUGGGUCUGAGUGCACCUGUGUACUUCUGGUAGAAAAGUGGUGCUCAGCACGCUCACUCAAUGGAUGGGUGCCAAAGGAAUUGUCACCAGUGCUAACUUUCCAAGGAGAGAGGCCGUAAUUCACAAAACACAAAUAUCACGCUAUGUAUGUCACUAGUAAAAUACCCAGUCUCUAAGGUCCUCUAAAUCUGACAUUUAAUAUCUAUCCUGUUCACUUUUCAACAAACUUACCACACAAUGCAAAACAGAUCAAUAUUUGCUGUUUCAUUAUCAGAUAUUUGCAAAGGCUCCAAAAUUGUUACAGUAUCCUUAAAGCCAUAAAAUUGAUCAUUUGUAUCAACCGAAACCAGAGAAGAUCACAACUAAAUGUAAAGUAAUUCACAUUCAAAUAAAAUCAUGAGCAUUCAAGUCUUAGUUUGUCCAAGCUUCAAUCUGAAAGACUCUAAAGGCAAUUUUGAAUAGAAAAGAGAACAAAUUGGUAUUCUUUUAUUUUCUAUUUUUAAUAAAAUAUUUAUCCAUAUCCACAUUUAUUGAUUUGUUGUUUACUUUUCUAAUGUUUAUUUAUUUUUGAGAGGGGAGAGGGGCAGAGAGAGAGGGGGACAGAGGAUCUGAAGCGGGCUCCGGGCUGACAGAAGAAAGCCUGACGUGGAGCUCAAACCCAUGAACUGUGAGAUCAUGACCUGAGCCAAAGUGGGACACUUAACUGACUGAGACACCCAGAUGCCCCAAAUUUAUACUUUAGAGGAGAAAGAAGUGUUAGCUUGAUUGCUAAAAGCACCAGAAAGUGAUAAAAAUGAAAGUGAAUCUUUAAAGAUGUUCAUACAAUUAUCUAAGAUACCAUUCGGACUUUUAAAAACCAAAUUUAUUAUUAAGACCACUUUUACAGUUUCCUAAAUUUAGCAAACAAAAGUAUCUUUUACUACACCAAACUCCAAAUUACAAAUCAAAUUUAUUUUUUAAAAACUCUCACACUUGGAUUUGUGUUAUAUGGAAUUAAAGAAAAGGAGACCCCGGAUGAUUAAACUUGAAGAUAAUUUAUGCUAAAACUAAUUUUUGCAUUGGAAAUUUCUUGGCUGUGUCCUAACUGUGAUACUAGAACAGUAUUUUUACCCCUCACAAAAUUAAGAGCACAGACUUUAGUUUGGUGUUUUAUUUCACUGAAAACGCAGAUAUUUUAUCUCCUCGAGAAGCAUUAAAAUAAAAAGCAUGACUCUGAAACUAUGUCCUCGUCAUAAACGAUAUUCGGGAAACCUCAGCGUUUCUCACAUGAGGUAAUGUAGAAGCAGACGGCGCUGCAGACCCACGAGCACAGCUGGGGAGCCCUCACGCUGCAUGGCCCGGGGAGGGUCUCCGUGCAGACGAACUGCACUCAGAGCGGCUGGUCACGAAACUAUGCAGCAGUUUGAAAGUGAUCCACCACCUUCCUCCUUGGGGCUAAUACACAGGCACGAGCUUCCACUGACGAAAACCACAAAAACCUUCAAAAAAGCUACAACGGGAAAAAGAGAGCAUUGUCCCGCAGUCAGCAGGCCACCAGCUCAUGAACUCCAGGCACCUGGACUUCUGCUAGCAUGACGAUGCUGCAGUCUGUGCUUCUCCUGCUCCUGUCCGUGCCUCUGAUAAAGCUGGCACCACCAGCUCAGCAGGACCCACGCAUCACCUAUCACUAUGGGACAGAUCAUUCUGAAGAAACCUUGUUUAGUCAAGAUUCUGAGGAUAAACAUCUGGACAGAAAAAAUAUUAAGGAAAAAGACACUGUGAUAUUACCCGAUGAGAAAAGUGUUCAGUUACAAAAAGAUGAGAGUGUAACACCACCAUCCCCCAAAAAAGAAAGUGACGAAAUGCCCACGUGCCUGUUGUGUGUGUGUUUAAGCGGCUCUGUGUACUGUGAGGAGGUUGACAUUGAUGCCGUACCACCCUUGCCGAAGGAGUCAGCCUAUCUUUACGCACGAUUCAACAAGAUCAAAAAGUUGACGGCAAAAGAUUUUGCAGAUAUCCCCAACUUAAGAAGACUUGAUUUCACGGGAAAUUUGAUUGAAGAUAUAGAAGACGGUACUUUUUCAAAACUUUCUCUGUUAGAAGAACUCACACUAGCUGAAAAUCAACUACUGAAACUUCCAGUUCUUCCUCCCAAGCUUACUUUAUUUAAUGCAAAAUACAACAAAAUCAAGAGUAGAGGAAUCAAAGCAAAUGCAUUCAAAAAGCUGAACAACCUCUCCUUCCUGUACUUGGACCACAACGCCCUGGAAUCUGUGCCUCUUAAUUUACCAGAAAGUCUACGUGUAAUUCAUCUUCAGUUUAACAACAUAACUUCAAUCACAGAUGAUACAUUCUGCAAGGCUAACGACACCCGUUACAUUCGGGACCGCAUUGAAGAGAUACGCCUGGAGGGAAACCCCAUCAUCCUGGGAAAGCAUCCCAACAGUUUUAUCUGCUUGAAAAGAUUGCCUGUAGGGUCAUACUUUUAACCACUAUCAAUGCAGCAUAUAAGCUAAAGUACACACAUGCAUGUAAUCUGUCUCAACAGUGCCUAAAGCAUAAAUAUUUAAUAUUAACUUUGUGUCCCAUGAUGAAGGAAUUUUAUGUUUUAAACAAAGAUGUUCACAAAUCUUACACAUAACAAGCAAAAUGUAAAACUGAAUCCUGAAGUUCAAAACAAAGUCAUGUGAAAAUAUUUAAGCAGCAUUACGAAAUCCUCAUAGUUUAUACCAUGGUGCCAUUUAAAAGGUAUGUUUUUAUAUAAAUACCCCAAUUUAAGAAGCACUAUUUCCAUUACUAAUGACAUGAAAGGGUAAGUCCAAAAAACUUUCAACUGCUGAUCUUUCCGGACCUUUACUUGAUCCCUAAAGCACUUAAGGACGAUGUUCCAAAAACUUUGAAAGCUAAGUGUUUCCAGUAAUCUCCCAUUUUUCUGUUAUGAUUCACACAUUUUUCAUUAUGAAGCAGGAACUUGUUAUCUUUCUAUUAAGGCAGUUAUUAUAUGUUUACUUAGCCUGAGAAAUAGUGAACAGUCUCAUACCUAGGCAAAACUUUCCAAAUAAAGCGUAAUUUCACUCUCCGAUAAAGACCUAACAGAGUAAUGUCCAAUGUUAUUCUGCUUUGUGGUCACACAGUUAAAGGCUUUAGCAAAACAGCACACAUUUUUCCUUUCUCUAAAUAUUAAAAUUCUAAGUCUACCAUAAAAUAUUUUAAGGAGUCAAGCAGACCAAAAUCAGUAUGCUCAUAAAAAACCUGAACAUUCAUCCCAUAUCUCAGAAAAUACCUAUAAAGUUCUCCAUUGUAAAGACUUUCAAAUAUGAUAAAUAUGGAAAAAUAUUUUCUUUUUAGCACCAUAGGGAUGAGAAUCUCAUCAAUAAAUCUGUCCAAAUGUAAGACAUGAAAACAGUCAAUUUAGUGGUGUUACUGAACACUACCUGCCCCCCACCCCCCAACCCAUACGCAUCAUACUCAUGCCAACUGCCUAUCCAUUCACAGGAAAGCUUCUGAGCAACAUUUCCUACAGACCCAUGAUUAACUGGUCAUUGAACAGUGUAAGUCCACCUUCGAUCUAAUAGUGAUAACUUAUGAGGAAACAAUGCUGCCAGAUUAAAGAUCCUAAAAUAACCUUCCUCUUGCCCAAAACCCACUCAGAAGUCUUAGUCUCCUUAUCACAUUGAGGUUACAUCCAAAAUUAUCAGUGCUUUAGACACGAGUCCGAACUGUGCAUAUGAAAAUUUCCAAUAUUGUUUCCAACAUAAAUAAUACAUUAGGAUCAAGUUGGUCUCUGUACACCAAUCCCAGAACAGUUAUUCAUAUUUUUAAGCAUUUGCUUCUGUUUUUCCCUACACAGAAUGAGCUCCAGUUUUUCAAUUUUUCCCCCAUUUGUCAAGGUUGACCCCAAGAUAAGCUUUUCUCACUGAAACAUCUAUGAUCUCUCAAGGCCACAACAAUUAGUCCUAUACCACUUACUAACUCAUUUGCUGAUUUUAUUUUGGUAAUUGGUAAUCAUAACUAUAUACUGCUUUCUCAUUAUUUUGUGUGCAUGCCUCAUUUCUCUGUGACUGAAAGCUCACAGAAUACAUCCAAUAUUCCUUUUAUACCUUGAAAGUGCUUACUAUAAUAUUGAGCACAUCUGGAUUAAAUAUACAACGAAAAGUACAAAAUAAAAUUCAUUUAAACAGA